UUACUACUCUAACCUCCUUCUCCCUGCAGUCUGGUUCAUUCACAGACAACCUCUGACAGUUACAGCAACACAAAGACACCGCAGACAUGAGCGGACGAGUUGGAGACUUGAGCUCGAAGCAGAAUGAAAUCUUAACUGAGUUUCGGGGGAGGAUCCAGGACAUCCUUCCCAACCUGCCGGCACAGCACGACCACUACCUCCUCCGCUGGCUCAGAGCCAGAAGCUUCAAUGUUCAGAAAGCUGAAACCAUGAUCAGGAAGCAUGUGGAGUUCAGGAGGCAGAUGAAAGUAGACACCAUCAUAUCCGACUGGAAACCUCCAGAGGUGAUCGAGAAGUACGUGUCAGGAGGGAUGUGCGGUUACGACAGAGAGGGGAGUCCCAUCUGGUAUGAUGUCAUCGGCCCUCUGGAUCCUAAAGGUCUGUUGCUGUCGGCGACCAAACAGGACUUCAUGAAGACGAAGAUCAGAGACACAGAGAUGCUGCAGAGGGAGUGUCGGAGGCAGUCAGAGAAGCUGGGGAAGAACAUUGAAGCCAUCUCUCUGAUCUACGACUGUGAAGGUUUGGGACUGAAACACAUAUGGAAACCUGCCGUCGAGGCCUACGGAGAGAUCCUCACCAUGUUCGAAGAGAACUAUCCGGAGGGGCUGAAGAGGGUGUUUCUUAUCAAAGCGCCUAAAAUGUUCCCGAUGGCGUACAACCUCAUCAAACACUUCCUGUGUGAGGAAACGCGACGCAAGAUCAUCAUUUUAGGAAGUAACUGGCAAGAGGUGUUACGUAAACAUAUCGACCCCGAGCAGCUUCCUGAGGUGUACGGAGGAACUCUGACCGAUCCUGAUGGAGACCCUCACUGCAGAACCAUGAUAAAGUACGGCGGUACGGUGCCCAAGUCCUACUACGUUCAGGACUCGGUGAAGGUUCAGUACGACAGCAGCGUGACCAUCAGCCGCGGCUCCGUCUUCCAGCUGGAGUAUGACGUCACUGCAGCCAGCAGCCUGCUGAGGUGGCAGUUUGCCAGUGAAGGAGCAGAUAUCGGGUUCGGAGUUUACUGGCGGACCAAAGAUGGCGGCGCUAAGAAGCUGUCUGACAUGCAGCAGGUUCUGCCCAGCGAACGUUACAACGCACACCUGGUCCCAGAGGACAGCUCGCUCACCUGCUCCGAGCCUGGAGUCUACGUGCUGUGUUUUGACAACAGCUACAGCAUCCUUCAGUCCAAGAAGGUGAGCUACAAAGUGGAGGUUGUUCCUAAUCCAGAUGGACAGAUGCAGAGUCCACGCAGCAGAGGAGACAGGAGGCUGCAGUGAGGACGUCCAACACUGGAAACACACAUUCCCUGAUAGCUAAUCAGUGCUUUUACAUUAGAGGCCAAGGGGGGGACAAAAUUAACUGUGGGCACCUUUUGACCCCCCAACAUUCCUCCCACUCUGUGCAUUGUGUGUAUGUUACUUUUUAAUUAGUAAUAGUAAAGUGGUAACUUAACAGCAGAUUGAGAAGCAGUGUUUCAGAGUUAUAAGUGUUGUUAGCUUUGGUCAGAAGUGCCUGUAACCACACCCACCAGUGAUGUCACAGUGUACCGACACACCCUGCAGUACACUUCUACAUCACUGCAGCAAGGUGAGACAUUAAAGUCUCCCUUCAGUCAAACUCAACUAGUUUGGAGCCAAUCGUGGUCCAGUAUGAGAUCUUCAGGUCUUAAAAUAAAAGAUAUACGCCUCAUAUAAGAUGUUAAUGCAGAAGGAACGUUUUCUAAAGCUUUAGCAUGUUUCUUUAAUUGAACCUGUACCGUCCCCUCAGGUCAGACUCAGAUGAGGUUUUAUCAGCUGGAGUUCAGCAGAAACAAAAGCCUGCUGCUCUGUUGAAUACUGGGAUUAUUGGUUUCUGAGCAGGAACGUUAACUUGACUCAUGUUUUUGUGUUUGACUGGUGUUCCUGAUAGCGGUUUAAGUACCAGGGACAAAACAUGCAGGGUCAACAAAGGGAGCGAAGUUCUGGAUCAGAUUGACACGUGUUUGUUAAUUGUACAUAAAGCUGCAAUGAUUAAUCGAUUGACAGGAGAUUAAUCUGCAUUCCUGUUGAUAAUAUAUUAUUUUAGUCUUUUCAUUUAAGCAAAAAUGCCAAAAAAUUACAUGUUCCAGCU